UGGAAUUGUUGUUUCCCAAUACUCCUGGUUGGGCUUCAUUGGCAGGCAAUCUUCUGCGCAAACCAUUUUUGACGUUUUUCCGUGCCCUGAAUCUCUUUCCCAACAGUUCUUUAUCCUUGACGAUAAAUAGCAAGCAAGAUGGCUACCGAAAAGAAGGACAAGCUUGAGCCGCAGAUCAAGUCCGUCGAUAUGACGGAGGAUAUGCAGCAGGAGGCUGUUGAAGUCGCGAUCGAGGCGAUGGACAAGUACCACAUUGAGAAGGACAUCGCCCAGUACAUCAAGAGAGAGUUCGACUCGCGCAAGGGUGCGACAUGGCACUGCGUGGUGGGAAGGAACUUUGGCAGCUUUGUGACACACGAGACGAAACACUUCAUCUACUUCUACCUCGGUCACUGCGCCAUCCUCCUUUUCAAGACUCAAUAAGCAUGCGAAGGGCGUACACCGGUCCAUGUCAUUCAAGCGUUUCCUGUACCUAUUUCGGAGUUCUUUGCAGGCGAGUCGCGCCGAGAUAUGUGUCAUACAGAAAUUGAAGGGAAUUGGGGUGGUUUGUUAGGAUGUUCUUGGGAGUUGCUGAGAGGGCAACGGGCCGGAGAGAGGCGCUCUACAAGCACAGACAAGCUACCAUUUGCAGGAGUAUUUUCUGGAAUCACAAAAUUGCUAGAGAUAAGAAGCCUAGGAU